CUCCGCAUUCGUCGGUGUUCGUUUACGGUGCGAUCUGUUCGCGUCGCUUGUUAUCGUCGCAAAUGGAAUUUUCGCCGUGUAUGUUACACUACCAGUAUCAGUAUUCGGCCAUCCUGGACAGCCAAACGAUACGAAAACAACGUUUCUAAAUGGAUGAUAUCCAUUCAUGGUGGGAAGUUCCGAGUAUUGCUCACUUCUGUUCUCUGUUCCGCGUUUCUUUUGAUCUUCUAGAUUUCGAUAUCGAAGAUCUUGAAGCAGCACUAUUGACAGAUGGAACCGAAGACAAUGGCAACUCACUGUUACAGGAACUCAUCGCCAGACUUCUUUCGGGCUGUUUCGGCAACAACACCAUUUCCACAUUUAACUAUCAAAUGUUUUUACGUAGAUUGUUCCGAGAAAAAUGCAAGGAAUAUAUUAUACAGAACCCCUUCAAUUCAGACAUUGACUUCCAAUUCCUGCCUCUUCGAACAAAAGUGGAAAUACUCCACACCUUGUGCGAUUUUAGACUGGAUGCCGAUGAUGUUAUGGAAUCACUUAAAAAUCUUGACUCUGACAGCUUAAGAGUGCAUCCUUUAGGUUACGAUGAAAACAAAUCGGCAUACUGGUAUUUUUAUGGCACUCGUUUGUAUAGAGAAGAUUAUGAAAAAGUGGUUCGUAACAAAAAAAAAAAGAAAAAAAGAGGGCGAAAGAAAAAAGGAGAACCUGUUUUUUCAGAUACCGAUGAAGAAGAGGUAGAUUUAGGAUCUGGAAAAUGGCAAGUAGUGUGUUUUACGGAGAGUGACUGGGAACGGUUAGCUCUGAAAACAGAAGACUCUCACAAUAGAGAUGUUCAAGCUCUGCAUCAGGUGAUCACAGAAGACUUUUUGCCAGAAAUACCUCGUUUGUUUGAAGAAAAAGAGAGACUUCAACGUAAACGUUUAUUGGAAAUGCAACCACGUCGACAGUCUACCAGAUUAGAAAAACUCAAACAACAAAAAGAAGAGCGUAAAAAGUAUGAAGAUUUGUGUCGAGAACAUGACAAAGUAAAAAAAAAAGAUGUUAAAAAAAAACAUCAAGAAAAACAGCAAAAAACUAAAGAUGAAGCCCCAUAUUCGGAUAGUGAAUCUGAAAGCCAUGGUUAUUCAUCGAGUAGUUCUAGAAAAACUGGACGCCAAACAAACAAUUCAUUAGCUUCAGCGACUGGUCAGAUUGUUAUUGAAGCUUCCAAAGGAAAAAACUCAAAAAAUACUGGAUUUCGUUCCAGUACUGAAGAUUUACAAAUUGGCAUGUAUAAAAUUUUGAACAAAUUGAAGGACCACGAAGACGCAUGGCCAUUUCUCGAACCAGUCGAUGAAGAAAUAGCUCCAAGUUACUACAGAGUAGUGAAAACUCCAAUGGAUCUCCAACAAAUGGAAGAUAAGCUUAAUGAUGGGCUGUACAAAACGUUUAGUCAGUUUAAACAUGAUUUUCAACUUAUCAUAGCCAAUUGCAAACAGUAUAACGGGUCAACAAAUGAAUAUACAGUCAUGUGUGGAAAUUUGCAAAGGGUAUUCAACAUUGGAGUUCACAAAUAUUUAGACUGGGAGCUUUCGGAUGGAUCUGACGAUGAAAUGGCGUACCUUAAAAGAUAUGAAAAUGGAACAAUGAGAUCAAGAAAAUCCAGGAAUCGACAAGGGAGUACCAGUAGUAAAGGAUCAUGUAAUAACACAGACAAAGAAAAUGAAGAGAAAUUACGAGAUUGUUCUGACUCUAGUAAUAAAUUUGACAAUUUAUUAAAUCAAACCGAUGAUGAUUCAUGUAGCUUAGAUUCUAAGCUAGAGUCUAAAAAAAAGUCAACAAAAGAUAUAGCAAAAAUUAAAAAAAGUGUUAUGGUAAAAAAUACUAAUGCUAUGGAAGUUCAGGCUCUUGAAGAAGUAACAGAACAAACUUUAAGAGAUAUAAAUAAAUGGUUAGAUGACACACCUAGCCUUUCUUCUGCCAGUAAUUCACCUAUGGCCACAUUAGCUGGAUCAGUAUUAGAUGAUGCUGAAGUUACAUCCCGUUUAGAUGCAGAGUUUCGUCAAGCCCAAAAAAUUGAUAAACCUCGAUUACCUUUUAAAGAAAAAAAACGAUCGGCUAAAGAACCCGUUGUAGUACCUGCUAAACGAAAGCGUGAAGUUCAAAGAACAAUUGAUCGCUUACAACCGGGUAAAAGUAAAGGUAAUCUGAUCUCAAACAAGCCGGAUGAUAGUCAAACUACAGCCAAACUAAAGACAAUAAAAACUGAAGUAGAAACUGGGCCGACACUCAGUUUAGGUACAGUUUUAAAUACUGAUCUCAUGGGCUUUUCUUCAAAAAUAUCUAAUGAGGAUAAGGACUCGGUGAAAACCGAAGAAGAACUUCUAAAGAGUCCUGAAGAAAUAUUGAAUGUAAUUAAAAAAGAAGUGAAGCAAGAACCAGAAAUAAAAGAUGAGAAACCAGAAAAAGCGACACCUAAUCUCAGUGCUUGGUUCAAAGCUUUCGGAGCGCCAAAGACUCAACCCACUCCUAAACGUAAACUGGAAGCAGUAGAAACUUCUCCGGUGUACACGGCUUACGCAAUGAAUGACGUAACGCCUUAUGAUUAUACUCUAAAAGAUUCAGAUAAAAAAGAAACAUCAAUUCAAGCAGAUAAAAAAAUUACACCUGUUCCAUUGGUAUCCCCAGAUAAACCUAUUUGUAAAAGACAGAGAAAAACAAGUACGGGUAGUAGUGUAUCUGAACAAUCUUCUCAAAACGAUUCUUGGAAUUCGCCGCGUCCUAGUCUCGAUGAACCAUAUUUAUCACCUCAGCCUGCUAAUUCGCCACAACAACUAAAGCCGUAUCAAAAUGUUUUGAACAUACCACAUGCUCCAUUGAAAGUGGGUUUUUAUCAAGAUGCUUUUGCUAGGCCGAAUUCUGAAAAGAGCAGUAGUUGCAGCCCUCGAAACCCAUCUAGUGUGUUAACUGCAAGCCCUCAUGGACAAAGUCCACGUAAUACUUUUACCAGCCCAAGAGAACUACCCAGUGAUAGUCCUAGUAAUAAUUUUGUUGGAAGUCCGCAUGAAACCAGUUGUAGUCCACAUAAUAAUACUGUUAAUAGUCCUAAAGAAAGUCCACAUCAUUUGAUACUAAGCCCUCAAGAUUCGAGUAAUAGUCCUUAUUAUAGCCCACACAAUGUAGUCAAUAGUCCUAAAGAGCCAGUAGUCAGUUUAGCCGAUGAGUACCAGCACCAAAAUCAAAAUGUUUAUCCUCAGUUUAUCAGCACGCAGAAUUCUCCUCAAAACACUUACACUGAGCUUUACUCGCAGCCAGCAGCAAGCACAUCACCAAAAAUCCAAAAUUCUUUCCCAGUUAAAAAGCGAGUGUAUAAUGAAAGUGAGAAACCUCAAGAAGUUGCAUUUACACCAACUGUUGCUGGUAAAGAGCAAGAACGAAUUUUUGUACCCACUCCUGGGCAAAUGCCUAAUUCUAAUUUUAAUUCAGACUUAAAUUACUCAAUGGGCUAUCCACCACAUAAUGAUCGACCUCUUACUCCGUACCAACAAAAUCUAGAACAUCAGCCGCCUCCACCUGUGAGUUAUCAAAAUAGUCUUAACUAUUUACAAAUGGCCCACGAUCGAACUGGAAGUGAACAAAAGAGUGUGGCAAGUAGUUCAUUGUUCAACUACAGUACUCAAAAUCAUCCAACAUUUGUGUCUGCACCGCAUUAUACAUCGUCUCCUCUUAAUUAUUCUAACCCUUCCAAAGAUACUCUUGGUUAUACCACAGCUCCUCUAAAUUAUACGAGUCGCACAACACCCGGUCAGUUUAUACCUCCUAAUUUAAGACAACCAACUUCUCAACCUAGGCUGAAUUAUACCAAUCCUUAUGAACAAUACUCAGAUCAAAUCAAUUUAAGGCCAUAUAACUAUCCUGUAUUACCACCCAGUAAAUCUUAUCCUCAUCCAAUACAGGAUAUGAUACCUGGAAAAUCGCAAAAUAUCGAUUUCACUACUGGAAGACCAUUGCCCAAUAUCAUGCCCCCUUCAAACAUGGACUACCGGUAUAAUCAACCAACCUACACUGGCCUGUCUGUUGCAGAAAUGAUGAAGAAUAGUAAAAUGGACAUAAAUCAACCUACGUACUCUAGUCCAUCUAUGGCCGAAAUGAUAAAAGUAAAUCAAACCACAUAUGCUGGUCCGGUCAUGGCAGAUAUGAUGAAAGUCUCUCAACCUACGUAUUCAAGUCCUUUAGUAGCUGACAUGACUAAAUCUAAAAUGGAAUUAAACAGAUCUAUGAUAAUAGAACAGGCUCCACCGCCAAAAACAACAAAAAAGCCAGGCAGAAAGAAAAAAACUGCUGCCGCCGUUGUUCAGCAACCACCUGAACCUGCUCGACCUAUUGAUCCCCCACGUGGCAACCCCACUUAUCCACAUCAUUAUCAACCACUUGUGAAACCACCUAUGUCAACUGGACCAUUUAACUUUAAUCCUAGCAUUAAAGAUGGUUAUCAAAAUUAUCUAAAUGAAAUGCGAUCAACAGGAUACUUUGCUGACCAAGCGGCUUCAGCUGCAGCAGCUGCUGCCGCUGCACAACCUUCUGGCGACCGAAACCCAGCUUUUGCUGCUUUUACCCGGCCGCCAGUGAGCUACGCUCCACCAAUUGAAGCAUACAAUCCGAACCCAUCAGAUAUUUAUUCACAGUUCUUGCAGAGACAUCCAAUGAUGUUACAUCAAGGACUAUCUGGUUUUCCACCAGGGUAUUUGAAUAUGCACGACCCAAUGAACAGACAUCCGCCUUGGAUGUAAACUUACUACUUAGAUGUAUUGCCCCAGAGUUAAAAGUAGUACAUUUAUCUAUUUCUUGUAAAAAAUGCAUUUUUUUUAUUUUAGUUUUACAAAAGAGAACGAACCUGCUUUUAUUAUUUAUAAAUAAUUUGUUUUAUUUAUUAAUUUGUUUUAAAAACUAUGUUUACCAACACAUUUUUAAGUUGUUAUUAAACAUGUAGGCAAUUUUUUUAUCUUCUCUGUGUAUCUGUCGUUAUUUAGACUUGAGUUUUAUUUCCUUACAACAUACUAUUUGUUAUAAUUGCUUUUGACUAAAUUAUUGUACCUUUAAUAAAAACGCAUACACUAUUUCAA